CUUACGCAACCUUACGCAACCACACAUGAUCUUUCCUGCGACUUCCAUAUCACGAACCAUCCAUAAACCAUCCAUAAAUCAUCCAAGAUUAUCGACGACUAUCUCUACAACGAUAAAAAAUAACCAUUCUUUUGCCGACAAUUCCAAAACUUCUCGCCCAGUUUUAACGAUAAAAAUCCUACCGUUUCAACGAUAUAGGAGCCUCGAAGACGAGCUAAGGAGAUAAAAGGAAUCAGACCAAUCCUUAUUCAACGCCAUUCAAUCAUGGCCAACCCACUCGACACUGACGCCGGCUCGGAGCUGUUCAGCAGCUAUGAGGCUGAAUUUAAGCUAGUCCAGGCCGACUUGACACAGAAGCUCGACCAAAUCCCCGAGCUGAACGGGGAGCCGCGCAAGGCCGCUAUCAGCGCCGCCGAGCGGGCCUUGGAGGAAGCAGAUGAGCUGUUAGGACAGAUGCGACUGGAAAAGCAAAACAUCCCCUCCUCAUCGCGACCCAAGAUCAACCAGCGCUUCCGGAACUUCGAGACGGACGUAGACGGGUACAAGCGGAAGCUACGGUCUCUCGCCUCAGACCGCGCGGCCUUAUUCGGCGGGCGCUACACCGAUAGCCCGUCCGGUGGGACGCCGUCCGACCUACAGCUCGAGCAGCGGCAGCAGUUGCUUAGCGGCACCGACCGCCUCGACCGCAGCACCCAGCGCCUGCGCUCCUCCCAGGCCCUCGCCAACGAGACCGAGGCCAUCGGUGCCAGCACCCUCGCCGACCUUCACCAGCAGCGCGAGCGCAUCACCCACACCGGACAGGUCCUCUACGAGAGCGAAGGCUACGUCGACCGUAGCGUCAAGACGCUUAGGGGCAUGGCUCGUAGGAUGGCUACGAAUCGGGUAAUCACCAUCGCUAUCGUCGCCGUGCUGGUCAUCCUCAUCUUCUUCGUCAUCUACGCCAAGUUCAGAUGAAGCAAGCCUAAUUCCAACCGAAUGAGCCCUGACUACCCAUUCCUUAAGGAGAAAAGUAGGACUUGGGAGUUUUUCUUUGGUUGUAGUCCUAGGAUAA